AUGAUCUCAAACUCCGACCCUGUAGAGCCAGUCACGGCGGCCGCGGCCACCGGCGCCGUCGUUGCAACUGCUUCUUCUUCCCCUGAAGAUCAGCUUGCACCACCGGCGACACCAAACAUUGUGAUGUCCUCCAAGGAUCACGAUUCUCUCUUCAGCGGUGGCGGCAUCAGUCGUAAUGGAAGGUUCAGCUAUGGAUAUUCCAGUUUCAAGGGUAAGAGGUCAUCGAUGGAGGAUUUCUUUGAGACCAGAAUAUCAGAGGUUGAUGGUCAGAUGGUUGCCUUUUUUGGUGUAUUUGAUGGUCAUGGAGGUUCCCGGACUGCAGAAUAUUUGAAAAAUAAUCUUUUUAACAAUUUGAGUAGCCAUCCUGAAUUUAUCAGAGACACAAAGACUGCUAUAGUGGAAGCGUUUAAACAGACAGAUGUUGACUACCUCAAUGAGGAAAAGGGGCAUCAAAGAGAUGCUGGGUCCACUGCAUCAACAGCAAUGUUGUUGGGGGACCGAAUUGUUGUUGCAAAUGUUGGUGAUUCCAGAGUCGUCGCAAGCAGAGCUGGUUCAGCUAUUCCUUUGUCCAUCGAUCACAAACCUGAUAGAUCUGAUGAACGUCAAAGGAUUGAAAAGGCUGGGGGAUUCAUAAUUUGGGCUGGAACAUGGAGGGUUGGUGGUGUUCUUGCUGUUUCCCGUGCAUUUGGAGACAAACUUCUUAAGCCUUACGUUGUUGCUGACCCAGAAAUUCAGGAGGAAGAAAUUGACGGUGUGGAUUUUAUUAUAAUUGCUAGUGAUGGCCUUUGGAAUGUCAUAUCAAACAAGGAGGCCGUGUCUUUAGUACAAAAUAUCACAGAUGCAGAGGUGGCAUCCAGAGAACUUAUAAAAGAAGCUUAUGCACGAGGAAGCUCAGAUAACAUCACUUGUGUUGUUGUUCGAUUUGAUCUAUCCUGA